AUGACGGAGGGCACCGUACAGUUUGCUAUUCCAGGUCUCCCCGAGCCGUGCCAAACCUGGUACAAAGUCGUCGGCGACCUCGCGUCGUCGCCCGAACCUCCCCUAAUCGUGCUACAUGGCGGUCCAGGGGCAUGCCACGAGUACCUGUUACCGCUAACCGACCUCGCACCCUCCAAGCCCCUGGUAUUCUACGAUCAAAUCGGGAACGGGCGCUCGACGCACCUCCCCGAGAAAAACGGCGACGAAGCUUUUUGGUCUACAGACUUGUUCAAGAACGAGCUUGACAACCUCCUCUCCCACCUAGGUCUUAGGAAUCGGCCCGUCGAUGUAUACGGACACUCAUGGGGCGGCAUGCUCGCGGCCGAGUGGGCAGCGGCGCCGCCGAGCCCGGUGUCUCUCCGACGUCUAGUGCUUUCGAAUAGUCUGGCAAGCAUGGAGGUAUGGCGAAUUGGGAUCAAAGCGUUGCGAGACAAGCUCUCGGAAGAUAUCCAGGAAGUGCUCGAUCGCUCGGAAGAGAAGCAGGACUUUGCAAGCCCGGAGUACGAAGCUGCGGUGGAAGUUUUCUACAAGCGACACCUUAGCCUUGCGAGACCGUGGCCUAUGCCGGAGGUUCAGGCUGCGCUGGACUGGUUUGCCAAAGAUGCGACAACUUACGGCACCAUGUACGGUCCAAGCGAGCUCUACAUCUCUGGCUCGCUUCGCGACUGGACUUGCAUACCGUCACUGCACAGAAUCAAAGUGCCUACUCUUUUGAUCAACGGCGCCCAGGAUGAGGCUCAGGAUGUAGCGAUGCAGCCGUUUUUCGAUCACAUUCCGAAGGCGAAGUGGAUUACGCUAGAUAAUGCGGCGCACAUGUCCCAUGUAGAUCAACGGGAGAGGUAUAUGGAACAUCUCAAGACAUUCUUAACAGCCUAG